UAAAUCCAGGCAAUCAGCUGACAACGCAUAUUACCGGCAUUUUAGCACAUGGUCAACAAGCAUUUUUCAGCUUUCUUGAUUGGUGUCAAUAUCCACAUGACUCGAACCUUACAAUGAACUUACUUCUAGGAAUUAUCUAUAAAAUAGCAGCAAUGAGUGGUGGAAAGUUACCUCCAAUAUUGUACAUUCAAGCGGACAACUGCUGGCGGGAAAACAAAAAUAAAUAUGUUUUAUCGUUUUGCGAGUUACUGGUGCACAUGAAAGUAUUUCAAGAGGUUCACCUUUCUUUUCUGUAUGUUGGACAUACACAUGAGGAUAUUGACGCCGGUUUCAGCAAAAUCGCAGAUUCCCUCCGUCGAAAUGACGCAGAAACAAUCCCUGAGCUUUUGGAUCUCUUACCAAAUCCAAGCAAUUUAAUUUGGCAAUACGAUAUCAGGAACUGGCUAGAACCAUUCAUUGCUGAUGUACGGAAACAUACCAAGCCAUUACAUUAUAAAUUUACAAUGGAUGAAGUAUCAAAUAAGAUAAAAUUGUGUUACAAAUCAAAUCAAGCUGGACCUUGGAAGAUUUCUUCAAGUGGCAUGUUCAUGUUCAACAAUAAAGGUGAAGUAGAAUUGCCUAAGGGUGUACCAAAAGUAUCAGCGCCAGUUUUUGACAAAAUAUCUGUUGAAAAAAUUGAAAGUGGAAUUAAUGACUGGAAAUGCCUCUUCACGGAUCAAAUAGAAAAUCACCAAUUUAAUUGGUGGAAGAGCCGGGUUAACUACAUGAAGAAAUUAAGAGAUGAUAAUCAAUUUAUGAAAAGGGAAAUCAUACAAAAGGCAGUUUGGUACUUUGAUAAAUUACCGAAAAUUAGAGAGACAUCUGACUGUUUGGAUGAUAACAACCCACCAAAGGAAAUAGAGGACAUGAUAAAUCAGGAGCUUAUAGAACACGAGAUACAGAUUACCCAGAAAAGAAAAAGAAAACAAAGUGAACAAGUCAAAACCAAACCUGACAUGAAAAAGCAGAAGAAAGUUAUAAAAGGAAAUAAAAAGAACAUGACAGCUAGACGCACCAUAUAUUGCUCAUAUGUAUAUGGCUAUAUAUGUCAAAAGAAACAGAUAUUUUAUUCUAUAAUACAGGAACUAAUAGAACUUAUUUCCUUUUUUAAUUUGAUUUGUUAUAUACAUGCGUUAUUAUAUUUGUUGUGGCUAUUUUACCUAGCAGUUGAACAACAUAUGGUUUCAACAGCAACAGUACAAUUAUGUUUUAUUCAAAAUAAUACACAUGCUUUAAUAUGUUAAUUUCAAGAAUGUAAAUUUUCUGCUUGUGCUGUACUGACAUUAAACAGUUUGUAAUUAUG